AAAACUUAUAAAAAAAAUAAAGAAAAAAGUUUUCGUUAGAAAAAUGUAAAAGAGAGAUAUAAAAGAAAGUGUAAUUUUAUACAUUCUUCUAAUCAAAAGGCGUAAUCAGAUUUUUUCGGUUAUGGAGCUGAGAUUAGGAUGUAUUACACAAAAUUAGGCAUCACGCUUGGAAGUAUUGGCAACUAAGAGCUGGAGUUGUGCAUGCAUUAUAUGCCAGUAACCUUCACCGAUGCCGAUGACUUCUCCGCCAUCGACAUUACUCUCCAGCACCAUCAUAAGGAAUCAAUCUGUACUUCUUCAGGCAUUUCUUCUUCAGAUUCACCAGCUUCUUUAGUCUAGAUAAACCACUUAAGCCUCAACAACUCCGAAACAAAAUAUUUGUUAGAAAGUUUUCAAACAAGAAAUCCUUAAGUCUACUUACCCUGUCCCAAAAGAGUUAAAGAUUAAAAAUCUACCAUCCCUAAUUUUUAUACUGGAAAACUUUACUCUAAGUAAUCCAUUAAAGGAUGGCCGGUCCAAACAUCUCAAUGACCCUAUACAAUUUAGUAAGAAUUCUAAUAAUUUUUACACCAUUAGAGAGUCAACACCACCUUCAGUCAAUACCGUUCAAAGAAAUUGUUAAAAUUUUCAGGCAUUUAGAAAUUUGUUAGAAACCUAAAAACAAAAGGAGAAAAUCUCUUAACAUGAUUACCCAAAAAAAGGAGAGAGGAGAAAAUCUCUUAAAAUAAGCAUAAGCUUUUGCUUAGGUGGACUGUAAACUAAGGGGUUUAACUUCAGAAAACAGAGAACUAGACCGUAGAUUAACCGGUUUUACUUAACCACUCAAUUGCAUAAUCCAAAAUUCCAUAGAAUCAAACAUAAGGUUGACCGGAUCAAUCUUGAGUUGUUUAUUCUUAAAAGAUGGCUGCGACUUUAUCAUCAUGGAAUCAUAUUAAGUUCUUUGGUCAACUUCUACACAUUUCAACUACCUUGUGAUCACAGACAUGGCAACAUCAAACUCAAUAUGACUGACUUCUUCAACAUUAAUAUAUAUAUUACUUCAUUUUUUUAAUAUAAAUUAUCUUACUUAAACCUCUUUAAUCUUCCAUUAGUUGGGACGGAUAUCACAAAACCAUGGAGCACGAUCUUGACAAGUUCCCCUUACUCUCUUACGUCCUACACCAAUAUGAUUCCAAACACCACGCCCCGCCGUCUAUGGCGGUCCAACAAACUCUCGCCCCUUCUUUUCCACUUCUCUCCGACCCACAAAUCAUGUAUUCGUUGACUCAGUCCAUCCCCACCACCAUCACGCAGACGCUUACCGUCUUGGCCUCUCUCGGACCACGACCUGACCCGUCGGCUGUUUCCUCUGCUCGCUCCAUGAUCGCUGAGAUCCUUCAGAUGGACUCUCUCUCACCGGAGGAAGCGGCCAAGGAGGCGGAGAUAUACGCCGGGGCUGUGCGGUUGGAGGAGGUGUAUGAUAGCUACGAGAAGGAGCUGAGUGACUUGGAGGAGAAGCUUUCAAGGGUUUAUGCCACGGAGGCGGAGUCUCUAUUGAGAAGCCGCGAAGAAAUGAACGAGGAGGUUGUUAAGGUGCUCAAGGCGGCGGAGUCCGGCAAAGUCCUUGAGAGGGUUGAUCUCUCCGGCCAAGAACUUAAGCUGCUCCCUGAAGCUAUUUGCAAGAUAGUUGGUUUAGUUUCCUUGAAUAUCUCUGGCAACAACUUGACGUUUAUACCUGAUGCAAUCUCGAAACUGAAGAAGCUACAAGAGCUUGAUGUAUCUUCAAACUCUCUUGAAUCUCUUCCUGAUUCUAUAGGCAUGUUGCUUAACCUUAGGAUCCUCAAUGUGUCCGCCAACAAUCUAACUUCACUCCCUGAGAGCAUCGCGCACUGCAGGUCACUGGUUGAGUUAGAUGCAAGUUACAACAACUUGACUUCAUUACCUACAAACAUCGGAUACGGAUUACAGAAUCUGGAGAGGUUAUUGAUCCAUCUGAACAAACUACGUUACUUUCCAGGUUCCAUAAGUGAAAUGAUUUCCUUAAAGUAUCUUGACGCACACAUGAACGAGAUCCAUGGGCUUCCAAGUUCCAUGGGGAGACUAAAGAAACUCGAGGUUCUAAACCUAAGCAGCAACUUCAACAACUUGAUGCGUGUUCCCGACGCAAUCACCGAUUUAAUUAACCUGAGGGAGCUUGAUCUAAGCAACAACCAAAUCCAAGCGAUACCGGACUCGUUUUAUAUGCUGAAGAAGCUAGAGAAACUGAACUUGGACCAUAACCCGCUAGAGAUCCCGUCUCAGGAAGUGGCUAAACAAGGAGCCGAAGCGGUUAGAGAGUUUAUGAGGAAGAGAUGGGAUAUGAUUAUGGGGGAGGAGCAACAGAGGAUUGGUGUUGAGGCUGAGCGACAUGGAGAUGGAACAGGGUGGGUCUCAUGGGGAACCUCCAUGGUUACUAAUCUUGUUUCUGGGGUGUCUCAGACCGUUGGAUUCGGUGGAGGACCUGGUGAUGGUGGAGAUAAGAAACCUGGAGAAUCGCAUUUUUAUUACCAAAUCUAAGUUCUACUUGAGUUUUGUUUUGAAUAAUUUUGGGUGAAUUCUUGUGAAGAAAUCAUCAUUAGUAGCUUGUUUACGGUCUUGGCAACUUUGUAACAUAAGAAACUAUUAUUUUUAAAUUAUAAUUUUUUUCUCAAUAUUUC